AUGGCCGCGGAACGGUUGAGUUCACUCCUGAGCCACUUGAGGCCGGGCUCAAGCAGUGGCGUAUCAACAAUCACCCAGAAGAAUCCCGAUGAUAUCGUUAUCACUCUCGCUGUGCGGACACCCUUAGCCAAGGCAGUGAAGGGUGGCUUCAAGGACACAGGCCUUGACUACAUUAUCUACGCUUUGUUGAAAGAGACGCUGGCAAAGUCCAACAUCGACCCGGCUCUUAUUGAAGAUGUUUGCCUGGGAAAUGUCAACAAUGGAAAGGCUCCUUAUAUUCUUCGUGCAGCUUCCCUUGCGGCCGGAAUCCCCGAUACUGCAGGCGCCUCUUCGGUGAACAGAUUCUGCUCGUCAGGUCUGAAGGCCGUCCAGGAUAUCGCCAACCAGAUCCGACUAGGCGCCAUCGAUAUCGGAAUCGCAAUUGGCGCGGAAUCCAUGUCAUCAGGUGCAGAGCCUAUGGAGCCAUUCCACGAAGACAUUCUCAAGAACCAGCAGUCAGCCGACUGCUUGCAACCCAUGGGGCAGACAUCCGAGAACGUCGGCGCUGAUUUCGGCAUUACGCGUGAAAUGCAGGAUCGGUACGCAGUGGAGUCAUUCAGACGCGCAGAAGCUGCACAGAAAGCGGGAUGGUUCGAUGAAGAGAUCGUUCCCAUCACGACAAAGGUGAAAGAUCCCAAGACUGGAGAGGUAAAGGAGGUCACUUUGACCCGGGAUGAAGGGAUCCGGUACGGAACCACCUAUGAAGCUCUCAGCAAAAUCCGACCUGCCUUCCCUCAGUUUGGGAAUCGGACAACCGGUGGAAAUGCUAGUCAGGUGACAGAUGGUGCUGCCGCGGUUCUCCUCAUGCGCCGCUCCAAGGCAAUUGAACUGAACCAGCCCAUUCUCGCUAAAUUCUGCGGUGCCACCGUAGCCGGCGUGGCGCCUCGCAUCAUGGGCAUUGGACCUUCCGUGGCGAUACCGAAGCUCCUGAAGCAGUUCAACCUGGACAAGAACGACAUUGACAUCUUCGAGAUCAACGAGGCCUUUGCCUCGAUGGCGGUCUACUGUCUCAACAAACUGGAACUAGACCAUGCCAAGGUCAACCCAUGCGGCGGAGCGAUUGCGCUAGGCCAUCCUCUUGGCGCGACGGGGGCGAGGCAGAUCUGUACGAUCUUGAGCGAGGCAAAGAGGACGAAGAAAAAGAUCCUGGUGACGAGCAUGUGCAUUGGCUCUGGGCAGGGAAUGGCUGGGCUGUUCGUGAAUGAGCAGGAGUAA